CAAGAAGCCAUUCUGAUACUAGCUACAGUCUUUUUGUAUUCCUCAUAGAACAUAAAUUACAUUGUCAGCAAGAUACAUAUUAUCGAAUAUAUAUUUUAACAAUAUAUUAACAAUAAAUUCCACUUCGUGUGCUCACAAAUUCGUAAAAUCGUCGCUGUUAUGGGGGAUGCUUUUUCGUAAACUAAGGCAUGUGCGUAUGCAUGUCCGUGAGCGUCUACGGAUGGUCAGUAGUAUAUUUUCUUAUUUAUGUCCAUGUGUGCUAACGAGUAGUUCUUGAUGUGUUUGCAUAAAUUAAUUGAAUCGAAAAAAAUUCAUUUUUCGAUUAUUUUCGAUUAGUUUCAGGAAAUCAAUUGGAAGUAAUCCAUCUCAGGAAUCACACUUUUCAGCUUAGGUUUUGAACAAACAUGGAAAAAUCUGAUGAAACUAAUAAUUAAUUUCUUUAUUUAAAAUUUAAUUGUCUAUAUAUUUACAAUUAUGUGCAUUUUGUUUAUAAAAUAAAGGAUAUGACGAUUAACAUAUUUUUGGGAGAGAAGAUGAUUGGGUGGUAAGGGACAGUAUAUAGGGUGAUUAUAGAGUCUGAUUGAGGGAAUUAUUUUUCGCGUAAUUAUUUUCUUCUAAAUAGUGAUCUUUAGAUUAUUGAACUAAGAAUUAUGCAAUACCCGCAACUCAGUAAUAGGUUUUACAUAUUUUACAAUGAAAUUUUCCUAAAAUAGAUUAUAGUUAUGUAUUAUUUAUCCUUUUCGUUAAAUUCAUUAUAAGAUCUUUGCUGACUUUUGCUGUUCCUAAACAAAAUACUUAUAAUACACGUUACAACUCUGGUUAUUGAAUCAGUGAUAAAGGCAUUGUAGAUACCGUAAAAUGUCAACACUUUAUACGUAUGACAGAACUGAAUAUUAAAAUUGUAGUAUAUAUUAAAUAACAAUUUACCAAAGAAAUUGACGAAUCUUAGAAUUAAAUCUGCUGGUUCCUGGUCGAUGUUAGGAAUGUUAAAUAUUAACUAAUAUUUAAUACCUUAUAAACACUAACAAAGGUUCACAAUGAUCUACUAUUAUAUAACUUUAGCCAGCUUUAGCAAACAAAACAAUUUCUUACCGUGCUUAUAUUACUUUAAACUUAGACACUCUGAGAUUGGGAAGUGAGGUUAAUUGCUUACGUGUCACGAAGUAAGAAAAACAGAGUGACACUAUGGCAAACAAAUCCUGGAAUGUAUUGGUAACAGGGGGUGCUGGGUACAUUGGUUCUCAUACAGUAUUGGAACUAUUGCAAGCAAAUUUUGAGGUGGUGGUUAUAGACAACUUUAGUAAUGCUUAUAAAGGUAAUGAUGAUAUAAAACCAGAAUGUCUACUAAGAGUCGAAAAAUUAACAAAUAAAACAGUUACAUUUAUUCAAUGUGAUGUAACCAAUUGGAAUGAAUUAAAGGAUGUAUUUAAGAAGUAUGAGUUUCAUUCUGUCAUACAUUUUGCUGCAUUAAAAGCAGUAGGUGAAUCUUGCGAAAAGCCAUUAGAAUAUUAUAAGACAAAUGUUUGUGGGACACUAAACUUAUUAGAAGUUAUGAGAGACUUCAAUGUAAAGCGUUUUAUUUAUUCAAGUAGUGCUACAGUUUAUGGUGUCCCUGAAAAAUUACCAUUAGUUGAGAAUAUGAAAACUGGUGAUUGUACCAAUCCUUAUGGAAAAACAAAAUAUAUGGUUGAAGAAGUUUUGAAAGAUUUAUGUACUUCAGAUAAGGAAUGGUCUGUUAUAUCUUUAAGAUAUUUUAAUCCAGUUGGAGCUCAUUCUUCUGGACAAAUUGGAGAAGAUCCUAAUGGAGUGCCAAAUAAUUUAAUGCCAUACAUUGCUCAAGUAUCUGUAGGCAAGAGGGAAUUUUUAUAUGUUUAUGGCAAUGACUAUGAUACUCAUGAUGGAACAGGUGUACGAGAUUAUAUUCACAUUACAGAUUUAGCUGUAGGUCAUGUAAAAGCAAUGAUUUACCAGAAAAUUCGUAACUCUGCUGGAUUUAAAGUGUUUAAUUUAGGUACUGGAAAAGGAUAUUCUGUAUUAGAAGUCAUACGAGCAUUUGAAAAAGCAUCGGGACAAAAAAUACCAUAUAAGAUAGUUGAACGCAGAACUGGAGAUAUAUCUGCUAGUUAUGCAGAUGCUAGUUUAGCGAACAAAGAACUAAAUUGGCAGGCUACUAAAAACAUAGAUGAUAUGUGUUUGGAUACGUGGAAGUGGCAACAAAAUAAUCCAAAUGGUUAUAAAUGCUAAUAAUAAUUGUUGGAAUAUCUGUUAUGAAAAAAUAUUAAAUAUUUUAAGUAGAACAUUUCAUUUACAUAUCCAAUUACUUUAAAUAUAAGCCAUGGUGGUGCCUGAUUACCAAAGUCUAAACCAAAGUCAAAAGUAAAUGUGGUAUAAAAAUUAUUUAUAUAAACAUAAACAUAAAUUAUUGUGCCAUAGAAUAUACAUAUAUUCCUAUAAUUGUAAAAUGACUGCCUAUUAAUAAAAUAAUAUGUAUUGAAA